GCCCUGUGAAGGCAGCGACGGGACCAGCUCCUCCGCCCCACCUCACCAAUGGGCUACCCACACUGCAGGCCUACUCGGUCUCUGGCCUCUCUGAGGGUGACUGCCCCGAGGGAGCCUGUCUGUGGACGUCUGUGACUUCUUGUGUGACCUUGGGGAUCUCGGUACCUGUCCAUCUCCACAACGGGACGGAUGCCAACACCACAUGGCCCCUUUGUCUCGCUCUUUGGAUGGGAGACGCUGUAAAGUUUCCUGGGAGUUGCAAGGACAUGGAGGUGGGGAACCUGACGGAGACGUGGUACCAAAGCCUGCAGUCAAUGCUGAAGGCCCUGAACCAAACACUUCAUGGUGCCAUCCUGUGCCCACCAGACCAGGCCACGGGGCGGACAAAUGGCAGUCACAUCAAGCUAGCCAGCAAGGACGACUAUUCCUACAUGUACAUCUUGUUCGUGAUGAUCCUGUUUGCCGCCACAGUGGGGAGUUUGAUUCUGGGCUACACCAAGUCCAGGAGGGUGGACAAGCGGAGCGACCCCUACCACGUGUACAUUAAGAACAGGGUGUCUAUGAUCUGAGCAGGGCAGGGACACUGUUGCAAGGACAUGCACAGCUACCGGCAUCUGCCUCCUGCAGCAGGAGAAACCCUUUUCCCUGAUCCAGUCAAACUCUUCUCGGAGGGGCCGACACACGUCUUGCUACGA